UGCUGUUCCAGGAGGAGGUUCCUGGUUUUUCCAGGGACAGCUGGAUAUUCCCACUUUAUUCCAGGACGGACGCUGUGAGGAUCUGAAGCGAUGAAAACGCUACGACUGGUGAUUGGUUGAUUGACAGCAUCGGGAUCAACAUGGCCCAUCUCUUCCUCGCCAGUAAGAUCGUCAUUCCGAACGACCCUCACUCCAGAGGUGCUACCAGGCUUCCUCGGAAUGCCACAAAAAUCCCGAAGUACACCUCGACAGAGAAGUUGAACAGGGACAAAUUUAGAAAGGAACAAAGAGUUGUCAUGACAACCGUACCACAUGUCAAUGAGGUCCAGCUGACCGCCGCCACAGGUGGCGCCGAGAUGUCCUGUUACCGCUGCACCGUGCCAUUUGGCGUGGUCGUCCUUAUCGCCGGCAUUGUGGUGACGUCUGUGGCGUACGCCUUCAACCCCCAUGGGUCCACCAUCUCAGUGCUGGGGCUGGUUCUGCUGUCAGCUGGACUGGGUCUACUGGGUUCUAGCGCCAUCUGCUGGAGGAUGCGGCUGAGGAAGAAGAAGGACAAGCGUAGAGAGAGUCAGACAGCUCUCAUGGCCAGUAAGGGUUUCUCUGUGGCCUGAAAGCACUCGUUCAAACGGAACAUCUUUUUAUUUUGCCAUAAGAUCACAUUGCUGCUUUUUUCAGCGCAGAAGAAUAA